ACGGAAGCGAGCGCGGCAUUCGAAAUGCGGCCGCGCGGGUCCCCGCACACGUCGCCGUGGUUCAUCGACGUCUCGGCGGUGAAUGCGGCGGCGCGGUAUCACGUGUGACGUCGAUGGACAGCGAUACGGGGAUAUGCACCUCCCGAUCGCCCUGCUCUCCGGUGCACUGCUGGCAGCGUGUCUCGUCCACUUCUGCGUGGCCACCGAAGAGAUCGCCUGCAAAGACAUCUGCGAUCUCAAGAUGGACACCAUGGUAAAGUUAUUGGGAUGCAUGCGUCAUACAGCAAGCGAUGACGUAGGUCACAUUAUUGCCAAGUUCAUGUCCAAUGACGCUUUCCUCACGAGGGCACUCUGUGGAGCCGGCUACAACAUCGAUGACUUUAUGGGCGAGCUGAAGACCGCCGAACAAAAAUGCCAGAAGGAAUUGAUAUAG